ACCAACCAAAGUCCAACUCAGGGUGAUUACAUCGACUUGAAGAUCGGCACAGUUCUUGGUAUCUCCACAAUGGCAGCUGCUGGCUUUGGCAACCUCAUAUCAGAUCUGGCAGGAUUAGGGCUUGCUGGAUAUGUGGAGGCCCUGGCAGUUAAGCUUGGUGUACCAAUGCCUCAGCUGACUGCCGAGCAACUUGAUAUGGUGUCCACACGCUGGGCAGCGUUCUCUGGACGCUCCCUGGGCAUUGUCAUCGGCUGCCUUCUUGGUAUGUUCCCAUUACUGUUUCUGGAAACGAGGCAUGAGGAAGGUGCAUGUAAAUUGGAACCAGGUGAUGAUAAUUGAGCAAUGCACCAGGAAUUCCGUGGAGUCUCAGUUUAUCUGGCAGUAUAGACAUCAUCGUGAAGAAUGUUAUGGAUGGUUGCGUAGGUGGACAUGAUGUAAUUAAUAUACAUCAGCUCUACAUUUUAGGAGGUAUAAUAAUGAUAGUAUUGGAGUGUUGUUAGUAGAUUUUAAUGUUUAUACAUACUUAUCCAUACAGUAUUUGACUUUAAUGUUAGGUUAUGUCUAUAUGCUGCCAUAUCCCUGUCCGAUAUGUCAUUGUUACAUACUCAAGAAUACAUUUUAAGAGCGCGAAGAGACAAUUUUGUAAUUUUGUUAAUGAUAAGCAUAAACAAUUCACAGGACCAAUGGCUUUAUGUCCAUUUUAAUAGAUGUGAACUGGUAAGUUGGAUCUCAUCUUUCACUAAAAGUCGAGAUCAAUACAGUUACUAAGUAUGCUAUCGUCUAGAUAUCGGUGACAGCCAUUCAAAGAUGGGAACUCAGGAUAAUUACAAUGUAUAUGUUGAAACACGCACACACAAAAUGUAUGUAUCAUUUAUUAUUGUGGUUUAGUAAAAACGAAGUCAAUUUACAAUGCUAUAUGAGGAUUGUUUAGAAAGGUUAAAGGUUGUGACAUAACCUUUGUUAUUUCAAACUGUAAUGAAAUAUUAUAGAUGUUGAGGCAGUCAUUAUGCUAAUCUAGAUAUUAAAUAAAAUAAAAUCAGUAAAAUUUUUAAUCCACCGUAUAUUAUACCACAAUUAAAUGUAUUCUGCCAUGUAAAUCUAAUAAAUUU